AUGUCACUAUCAUCAUCUACAUUACAAGCGUUUGCAGUGGAAGGCAUCACUUAUUCUAUUCUUUGCUUCCUCCAUGUGUCCGAUGUUGAUGCUAUUGUAUCUCUUUUUCACGAAACAACGGAACUACAAGGACAUUUACAAGAUAAAUUACUCUGGACGCAGUUACUCAAGCAGCAUUUUAAAGGGUCACGAAAUAUCGAGUUGAGAUUCUCACAACAUCCAAUGCAAGAUCGAGGAUGGAAUUACACAAAUCGAGAGCUUACAUGCGUAGAGCUACAAGAAUUUUUACACUCAAUGGACGAAUGUCUAAACUUUGACAAAACAAUUCAAAUUGUAAAGGGUGAUAUUGGGGAUAUUCAAGACAUUGAUGGUCAAACUUUGGAUGGUAUUGCUUUCCCAACAAACUCACAUUUGACAAAUCACUAUAUAGGAAUGACGUGUGUAGCCAUGGUGUCGAUUUCUACGGGAAAUAUGGGUGUACCAGGAGAUGAAGGAGCUCAAGUGGCACUUCGUACGAUUCAAAAAUUUCUGCGUUUAAAUGACUGGAAGGGAAAACUUGCAAUUUUAGGUUUGAACGUCUACAGCAUUUCCCGUCCAUCAAUGAUUUUUUUCGACACUUACAUUACCAAGAUCUACAUACUAGUCGAUACGCACAUUCAACCGAAUCCUAUCAGCAUAUCACGUUUCCUUCCACGUGUGAUCGUGCAACAUUAG